ACCGCGAGAUUAACGCGAAAGCUGUUUAGAGCUGUGCUGUCAAAUCGCUCUCGCGGUACUUUGAUCUCAUACGUCGAUAUGUCUGCGCGGCGUGAAGUUUAACACGACCACGUGAUAUCAAUACGGAAGUCUGGUACAUAUGGACCAGAGAGUAUGCGUGGCGAUUAAUUCAGCAAGUUACUAUAUUUUCGCUCUCAUUAAAGCUUUGCGGACAUAACAUAUGGAGCGCAAGCUGGCAGAAUUCAGAGCCCGAAAGAAAGUCCAGACCGAAGCGAAGAAACCUGCUGAUUCCGAAAUUCAGCCUGAGAUGAAAGUGAAAGACGCUGAGCUUCAGAUGAAAGAUCUUGAAUCCUCCAGAAUUUCUUCUGCUAUACCAGAGCUAAAACCCACCACCAGCACUCCACAUACUGAGGCUGGUGGAAAUGGUGUGCUGAACUCUGGUUCUAGUCACUGGCUUUUCACCCAUGUGACCCUGUUAAAGGUGCUGCUGUGGUUGGUGUUGCUGGGACUCUUCAUUGAACUGGAGUUUGGUCUGCCAUUUUUCCUCAUAUCCCUCUUCUACUGGCUCUAUGAAGGCUUUAGGAGCCCAAAGGCACGACAGCCAGGAGAACUGAGCGCGUAUUCUGUGUUUAACCCAGACUGUCAGCCCAUCCUGGGAACUUUAACAGCAGAACAACUGGAAGGAGAGAUGGGAUACAGACCAAUGGCCAGAAGAUGACUGAACAGAUUUAAAAGCAUCUACACACGGCCUUAGAGUUUUGCCAUUUAAGUAAUGCACAAUAAGACAGGACCUAAAACACACUUAGGCAACCAAUUUGCAUUAUAUUAAUGCAUCUUAAUUUAAACAUAUGGGGCUGUUUCCCAGGCAGGGUUUAGAUUAAGCCAGCACUUGGCUUUAGUCAUAUUAGGACAUUUAAAGGGAUAGUUCACUUUAAAAUGAAAAUUCUUUACCUGUAUGAAUUUCUUUUUUCUGAUGAACACAAAAGAAGAUAUUUUGAUGAAUGAUGGGCAGUAAGUGACCAUAGACUUCCAUAGUAGGUAUAAAAAAAUAUGAUGGAAUUUAAUGGGUACCGUCGACUUUGUGCUUACCAUUAUUUAUCAAAAUAUUUUCUUAGUUAUCACAAUACUUCCAAAAUAUUUUUUCCUACUAUGGAAGUCAAUGAUCACUUACUGGUGUGCGUUUACCAUCAUUUCUCAAAAUAUAUUUUUCUGUGUUCAUUAGAAAAAAAAUUAUACAGGUUUAGAACAACAUGAGGAUGAGUAAAUGAUGACAGAAUUUUCAUUUUAAAGUGAACUAUCCUUUUAAGGAGUUUUUACAAACAUACCGUAUAAAAAUAUUACUGGUGUGCAUCUUUAGACAAACAAUGGCACUGAUAUAUAUUUUAAGAUAUGUGAGUGCAAGCUGUUUUUAAUUAGGACGGCUCAAACAUGCGGCUUUAACCUGGGACUAGGUUUAAGCCCUGUCUGGGAAACCGCCCCUUAAUGUAAAACUAUUAAGUAAAUCAUAAAUCACUUAUUUGUAUUAAAGUUGAGAAAAAACAGGUAGAUUAAGUAAUAAAUCAAAUACAUACCAGAUAAAAGUUUGAACACACUUGACAGUUUAUGUGGCAAAAAGUCCUCAAUUAUCAGAAGUUUUGUCCUCCACAAUCUGCAUUUAUUAAAUAAUGAUUAUCCGUUUUAUCCCAGUUUCACAGAACAUGAUCAUUAUGAAUUCAGACAUGAAAUAUAUAUUGGUGAUGGUUUUAUGUCAUCUGUCAUAAUCUUCAUUCUGUUAUAUUAAAAGAAUUAAAGAGCGGUCACUACAUUUUGCAUUUUA